AACCGAAACCUCCAGCCAUGCUGAAACAGAUAUUAUCGGACAUGUACAUUGACCCUGAGCUGCUGGCAGAACUCAGUGAGGAGCAGAAGCAGAUCCUCUUCUUCAAGAUGAGGCAAGAGCAGAUCAGACGGUGGAAGGAAAGAGAAGCUGCUGCAGACAAGGUUCCAGCCAAGAAGCCACCCCUGAGAAAAGCCAGCGGGAAGUCAGUGAAAUGGAAGCUCGGGGCCGACAACGACGUCUGGGUCUGGGUGAUGGGGGAGCAUCCGUCAGAUAAAUCGUACGCUGCCAUCUGUGAGGAGAUCCAGGCCGAAAGGGCAAGGCGGCUAGAGAGCGAGCAAGGCAGGGAGGCCAGAGAGACUGACUCUUCUGUCAGCUGGUCUCAGCAUCCACAACCAGGUGUCCUGGGUGGGAUGGAUGUUUCCAGGAACAAUAAAAGCAGCGUGGAGAAGCAGAAGGAAGAGGAGAGCAAAACAACCGCUACUACAAUAGGGAAAAACUUGGGGCUCAGAGAGAGGGAAGCCAGGGGAGUUCACCAGAUGCUGGCCGACUGCUACAGGAGGAAGUGGGGUUUCCAGCAGACUAAGGAAGCACAGAAGGAAAAUGAAGAAGGAGAGACCACAGCCUCUAACAAGACACCAGAGGCACAGAGAGGUGCAAGUUUGGAGAGCCAGAGCACGCUGCAGAAAUCAGACGAGACUGAGCCUGAAUGGCAAGAAUCCUUGCGGAAAUCCAAGGCAGCAGAUGAGAAGAGACGCUCACUGGCCCAGCAAGCCAGGGAUGACUACCGGAGGCUUUCAUUGCAGGGCAUCCGCAGGGGAAGGCAGGGAGACGUUUCCAAGAGUGCCGGGGCAAGCAACCAGAGUCCGCUCCGGUACCCGCCUCUCCCACCCAAGCCUGCGCUUAUACCUCCUGCCCCGGCCAACGGAAGAGCAACCAGGAAAGAGGGCAUCCACAGGACAGUGUCCAAUUCCACUGAAAAAAGCAUCAUUAAGUGGUUCAAGGAGGAGCAGUUUCCUCUCCGAGCCGGCUAUGAGAGAACAAGGGACACAAUCGCGCCUUGGUUCCACGGUAUCCUAACCUCCAAGAAAGCAGAGGACCUGCUGAGUAAAGCAAUGCCUGGGAGCUUUCUGGUCCGUGUGAGUGAAAAAAUCAAAGGAUACGUGCUCUCCUACCAGUCUGUGCAGGGAUGUAAACACUUCCUUAUUGAUGCCUCUGGUGAUUCCUAUAGCUUCCUUGGAGUGGACCAGCUACAACAUUCAUCACUGGCUGACCUUGUUGACUACCACAAGGAGGAGCCCAUCACUUCUUUGGGGAAGGAGCUGCUGCUUUACCCAUGUGGCCAAGAGGACCAAGAACCCGAUUACCUGGCUCUCUUUGAAUGAAGCUCCCACUCUCGCUACGCAACCCUGAGCCUGUUUCCAUA